GUUAAGACAACAACAAAAAAGUUUAAACAUGGCAAUGGUGUGGGUAGUGUUCCUCAUGUCCGGCGUCUUAUGUACAAGUGCACAGUACAUUUACUCGAAAGAAAACGAUCGAUGUGCCAGGAAUGGAGAGACAAUGAUGAAGAUUCGAGAAAUUCUGUUCCAACAAAUGAAGAUCCAAAAAUCUGUAGAUUCCCUCUUGCAGAUGGUGAAGAGACUCGAGGAAGAUGUAACCAAGACCCAUGAAGAUGUUCAAAUCGUCAAAAAAGGUUUAGAUCUAUCGGAUUGUCAGGAUCUCUACAUGUAUAUUACCGGACACAAACAGUCUGGGGUAUAUACAAUUUAUCCUUUUGAUAACGCGACCAGAAUCAAAGUCUUCUGUGACAUGGAAACAGAGGGCGGAGGGUGGACAGCAAUUCAGAGACGAUUGAGCGGAUCUAUUGGUUUCAAAAGAACUUGGGCGGAAUACAACAAAGGUUUUGGGAACGUAUCUGACUCUUACUGGAUAGGAAAUGACGUGAUUCACACGCUGACAAAGGGAAGGAACUCCUCCCUCUACGUCUCCAUUACAUUAAAAAAUGGCACAACUCUGUAUGAACGUUACCAUCUGUUUUCUGUUUCUGGUGAAUCAGACAACUACAGACUUUAUCUCGGGGGACCAGCUACCGGGACACUGGGUGACAAAAUGCUAGACACCGGGGAUUCUGACACAAAUCUGUCCGGGAUGCCAUUCUCCACCUCAGACAGAGACCACACCAGAGAUCGUUAUAACUGUACUUAUUGGGGAGGAGGAGGCGGCUGGUGGUACAACCGGUGUCACCGAGCCAACCUUAAUGGUCCCUGGUCCCCGGCAUACUGGGAGUUUCCAUGGACACCGCCACUUCUUUAUGGCAGUGAUAUAACGGAGACUGUUAUGAUGAUAAAGCCUCAUUGACUGUGUUAUAUCUUACUUAUUG